UUUAUUAUAUAGUUAUCAAAUUAUAGUUUAAUUUCAAAUUAUAUACCACUGGAAUAAAGAAUAGAAAGUCUUUAUAGUUAAUCGGAUUGAAUUUUAUAAAUUCGUUAAAUUUCUUUGUUAGAUUUCGCGAAUAGUGACGCGACGUUGCCGCUCUUACUUGUGAAACUUCCAAGUAAAGCGAGUCGUAGAAGUUGUAAAUUUGUAAAAAUUUACAAUUAAUUUUGUAAUAUCAUUCAUUCUAACUACUAAAAAGUUAUGAUCCAGCGUCUUGAAAUGUGUAUUUUGGAACUAUCUUCAUAUUCUGACGCAAUAACGGUUUGGCAACAGCGCGCGGAGCUGGAGUGAAGACGCCUAUCCAAAUGUAUUAAAAAACCCAAUAGGAACAAACCAGUUCCUUCACACUUCCUCCAUUUGAUGAGGUACUAGGGCCUCCGCGCCCGGUCGCUGCAUACGUCGGGAGGACGGGCCGUGGGGGAAUCGGCGCGGGCAACUGGCAACAACUGGCAACCGUUGGCAACUGCUGGCAACUGUUGGCAACUGCUGGCAACUGUUGGCAACUGACCAGACAAGCGAGCCGUUUGCUUGCUACCGCACACGCACUUUGGUGCCGAUUCACCCUCCGCUCGCGCAACCCGACCGAAUGUUGAGAGCGGGCGCGGGGCAGCCGGACGCGGGGGCCGAGCAGCAGCAGUCGGGCGCUUCGUCCGCACAGCAGCAUCAGCAGCAUCAGCAGUACGACGAUCCGGCCGCGAUGUACGCGACGCUCAACGAGUACCUACAGAUGGAGAGCAAGUUCCAGCCGCGGCUGGGCCUGCCGCACGAGUCGGAGAACGAGGUGACGAUAGGCGCGCGAGACGGGGCCGCGCACGUGCUGCGCUGCCUGAAGGUGUGGUUCGAUUUGCCGACCGACGUGCUCAUAAGUGCUAUCAGUUUGUUUGACCGGUUCCUAACGAAGAUGAAGGUCCGGCCGUGCCACGUGCCGUGCAUAACGGUCUCCUGCAUGAACAUCGCCAUCGACGAGCACGCGCAGGAGCACCGGCAGCCGCGCACCGUCAGCGUCGACGAGCUGGUGUCCGUCUCGCAGUCGGCGUGCACGAGCGGCGACGUGGCGCGCAUGUCGCGCGUGGUGCGCGACAAGCUGGCGCUCGUGCGCGGCGGCGCGCUCACCGUCGCGCGCUGGCUGCGCCUGCUGCGCGCCAUCGUGCUGGCCGCCGCGCGCGAGAUGGGCGUGUGUCCUCCGCUGUCCGAGGAGAAGCUGAUGAAGCUCCUGGAGAUAGCCGUCUGCGACGCGGACUGCGUCAACGCGCGCUGCAGCGAGCUGGCGCUGGUCGUGCUCUACCAUCAGCUCGAGCUGGAGCUGGUGGAGUGGAGUCGCGACGGCGGCGGCGUGCCCGACGAGGCGUACUGCCUGUACGAGUUCGCCGCCCAGCUGCAGGCCUACUGCCACAUGAGCGACGCGUCGCUGGUGGCGGUGCGCGCGCGCGUGCGCGGCGCGCUGGCGCGGUACGAGGCGCGCGGCGCCGCGCCGCGACAGCGCCUCGUGUGGCGGCUCAGCGAGCGGACGCUCAAGGUGCUACGACCGACCGACCGGCUCACGUCCAUGCUGCCAACCAUUGAGGAGCAACACUUCGCUGUCGACUCGACGCCCGCAAGAAACAGAUCCGGAAGCGAAAGCAGUGAAUGCGAAGAGACAUCCGAUUGGCCGAGAAGCCCCGUGCUGCCUGUGUACUGCGACAACUAGCAUACGCCUAGGAUAAAUAGAAAAAUAAUAAAAAAAGAAACUCAAAUUCAUCGUUCUCUAUUUAAAUUGGGCGGAAAUAUCGCUUGGAGGAAGCGAAUUCGUUCGAUUCUUAAAUUUAAACUUCUGACUGGAAAUGAGGAGAAAAAAUUCAACGAGCAACGAUUUGUAUACUGGCAGGCUGAAUUUGAAUUUAGAAGAAAAUCUCGUUGUGAGAACUAGGAACGGGUUCGUUUUUUAAACACAGCGCGAAUGUGACCUGAACGUUCUAUUUUCAAAUCUCGUUGGCGGGAAAUGGGGAGGAUGCUUUUCGGAUAUUUGUUCGGUGCGAUUCAAAAAUGUAGCAAAUAAUGAUAAAAAUGAUAAUAAUGUCUAGAUCCCACUUUUGAUUAAUCAAAAUUCCGUGAUCGAAAUGAUUUAAUUGUAUAUUAAUGGCAGCGUGGAAUUGACAUGUUUUUUUGAAUAUGGAACCGGUUGGAAUUUUAAAUGAGGAGUAUUAUUUGUAACUUUUUUUUUUAAUUAUUGCAUCCGCGAGGGCAAUGGUCGUUUUGUUUUAGUUUUUAUCAGUAUAGAGCUUUAUUAAUUAUUGUAAUGUAAAUUUUUUUAGAUAAAAUCUACAUGGAAUCGAUUGCCGACGACACUUCGCCGUGUAGUUUUUUUAAGUACUUUAAUUUUUACGUUCAGGACCCCUAAAAUUGUGCUAUUAAUAUAUUUUAUUCUCAUAUUUUGUGUUUGUUUAUUAAAUUAUUAUAUAAAUUUAUGGAGAGUGUGAUCUGUCGUCGGUAUGUCGGUGUGAAACGAGCAUUGCUCCAGCCCAUAGCUUUACUGUGAUGAUUUUUGUAAGUGAAAAUGUUCAAAAAAAAAUAAAAUAAUAAUAAAAUAAAAAUAAAUAAAUAAAUAUUCCAUAUUUUCUAGAUGUAAGCGUAUACUUAAGGACACGUGAAUGCAUAUUUACGAGAGAGAAAAAACAAAAUGUCCACCGAUUUUACGAUUGAGCGAAUCGUCAAUCGUUUAUUGUUCGUCGAUUUAUCUCGGCCGGGUUUAGGAAUUCGUGAUGCAAAGCAAAAAACAAACAAACAAACAAACAAACGAAAAAAAAACUUAUUUUUAACUUAGCGUUUAAUAUUCAUACUUAUUUCGUAAAAGUAUAAAUAUGUAAAUGACAAAAAAAAAUACAUAUAAAUUGAAAAAAAAUCAUAAAAAAAUGAUCUCAAAACUUUUUUUUUCAUAAUAAUAAUAAUUGUAAAACUAUUGUAUAAAUCACCUUACGUGGCGUGUGUAUGUUUUUUUCGUUUGCUCGAGUUCUUUUGUUGUCUGUGGUUAAUUUAUUUUUUUUAGAAAUGUUCAGCUCAAAGCGGGAAUUUAAAUAAAUAUAUAUAAUAGAGUAAAAGUGUAAUAAUUGCGCCUCUGUGAUAAUAUCUUAUGGAUAAUAUUGGGAAGAAAGUAAUUUUCGAUGAUAAUUUUGAUAUGGCAUGCAUAGUUUUUGAACGAACCGAUUUACUAAAUAGCGUAUGUAUGACGUCCAUUCGAAAUUUGAAAGUCGCGUCGUAUUGCUGUCUCAUUCUAUCGCCUUUGCUAGAGCGAGAGGUGUGGUCACUUCCGUCGCACGAUCGUGUCAUCUCGCUCUGGUAAAGGGCAGUUUGUUAGCGAUAGAAUGGGACGGCACGUUUCUGUCAUUGUACCGUAUUUAGUAGCGGCAGUCGGCUGUUUGGCUUAAUUUAGGUUUUAAGAACAUAUUGUUUUUUAUUGUAUAACUUUUAAUUGCAUUUUCCAUCAUAGUUAUUGCAUUUUAGUUCGCCUAGAUAGUCAAAUAGCGUAAUAUAUAUGCGAAUGUUGAAAUCGAAUUUGCGCAGUUUGCAUGAUCGGGUACAGACUUGUCAUGCAAAUUUGAAGGCUAGUUGUAUCGUGUAAUAUCAAUUUUAUCUAUGGAAAAAUAUUAUAAAUGAGAGAUUUUUCACGGGAAUAUCACCAGAAACGGCAAAUGUGUUCAUAUUUUAUUGUAAAAUUUUGUAUCUUGCAUUUAACAGUGACGUAGUUAGUGUGAGUGGAUGUAUUUGGAUUGUAUAUGUGUGAAACUCGAAUUAGUGAAAUAAAGAAUGCGACCUUA